AUGGAUUUCAAUGAUUGUGUGUCCAAGGGUGAACUUACAAGGUUCAUCACAGAACAACGCAAUCUUAUGAACGAGCUAACACGCAAUGUGAACAAUCUGGUCACCCGCAUUGAACAGAUUGAGCAACGCCCUCCAUCUCAUUAUGGUGAUGAUGAAGAUGCUGAUGCAGAUGGAGAUCUAUCUGAUCAUAAAGAUGCGGAUGCUGACGGUGAUGAACGUAACUGUUGCCGCUACAACUUCAAUCGUCAUAGUAUGGAAGAACGUGAAGUACAGAUACGCAAGCAACACCACUCUUUCAGGCCUAAUAAUGGGAGGAAUUUUCAGCAGCGUUCCGAGCUGGAGAUGCCCAAGAUUUCUAUUGCAGCACAGCCAUCUACACCUGCAUUUUCUUCUGGGAUUGGAGACGUUGACCGGGCGACGGUAUAUGUGUCGCUGGCGCCCGGUAUGGAGCACCCGGCCGGAGUGGAUCCCCCAGCGGUCGACGCUGCUCGGUGUGACCGAUACACCAGCAGCGACGAAGGGGUGGACCGGCCGGCGCCGACCACUGACGACAGGGUGGUCGGCAAGAGGCUGAUGGCUGUGGAGUCAACUUCAGUAGGAGCAGCACCUACAGGAGCGGCUGCAGGCCCUGUGAUGGGCCAGGGGUCGACUUUAGAUAGCCGAGCGCCCAAGCGCCGCUGGCUUGUUAGAAUUGUCGAUGACGAUGACGAGGAGGAGGCGGCCCCGACCUUGGUCCGCAGACCCCGCAACCGCCCCGACGUUGCACCUGGCCACGCUGGUCGGGUUGCCGAGGAUCCGCCUGCCGCGCACGUCGAGCAGGCACGGCCAGGAGGAACGGAGGCGGCGGUGGCGGCUGGGCGAGCUAGGAGACGGGUCUUCACUGCGGUGCACCGAAGCUCCAUUCUUACUACCUUGGAUGUUGAUCCUGGCAGUGUUGUGGGCUCGAGGACCACCGAGCCGGAGGCCGUCGAGCAGAUCGUCAUAGGGCAAACUGCCCCAGAGCAGCCCAUGGCACAGCCUGCUGCUGUCCCUGUGACAGAGAUGGUCGAUGAGGACCCAGCCCAAGCCAGAGCCGAAACGGGUACCCCGACAAAGGGUGAUGAGACCGCGGGGACUCCUCCCCCGAGCAGUGUCGCUGGAGAGGAGAAUAAGGCUCCGUCCCCUCCUCCAGUUGAAGAGGGCAGGGCUCCGUCUCCGUCUCCAGCUCUAGUGGAGGCUCCCACGCAGGAAGGCACUUCUAACCGAGGUAAGGGUCCAAUGAUACCCGUUACCAUGGUUGGGGGUAGUGCAGGAGGCGAGGAAGCUCCGGCGGCCUCCGACGAUGAAGUGGAGGAGAUCUAG